AUGGAAUUCCCUCCGGAAAUUGUGUACAAUAUAUUUGCCCAUGCCGAGCUCGAAACGUGUGUGGAUUUGAGGGAAGUGAGUACCCUCUGGUACGCGGCAUUCAACCAGCUGGAUGCACGGCUCUUGAAGCAGAAAGUAAAAGAGAGGAACCCUUGGUUGAAGCCUGGAGAAGACGGAACGGAACUGAAAACAUGGAGGGAUUGUGUCCGGGUGUUUGUGGGACGUUUGCGGUCAGGUAAGUGGACGUCAAUUGAGUGUCUCGAGGACAUUAAAUACCCUACGGAGCUGACAGAAGCGAUUUCCUUGAAUAUUGACGAGGUAGAGACCACUCUUCCAAAAGAUUACAAGCCUCUGAUGGUCACGCGAGAGCCACAGUACAACACCAUGUUGAAGCUGGAUGACAAUUACUACAUGGACUUGCAUACCCUGAUGGCUCGUAGAUCUCAGCCUCCUUCAUGGCAACAGGACUUUGUCAGGACAGUUGAAGAGACUGACGAAGUAGGAGUAUACGACUGUGAUGGUGUGAGAGUUGUUGUUCCGAUAGACAUGGUCACGAAUGAAACAAGCUGGGACGUCAACGAAGACAUGGUGGUGGUGUACACCGCACAGGACGUGUGGAUUUUGCCUCGAGAAUACCCAGACUUUCGGCAAGGACGCGGAUGGAAGCGUUCAAGAACGGGAAUCACUAACCGAAGAGUUCAAAGAAAUAUGACCUCUGGUUAUACGUUUUUGGUCGAGGAUGAUGAUCUUUUGCGGGUUCCACAGCCAAUGGUGCUUGCUGUCGAUCUGGACAACCGACGAGUGCUUCACAUUGCAGAGACACGAGAUGACAAGUUUGAUGAAUCACAUGUCGAUACUGACGAGGUUCCCAAAACUAAUUCGUUUCUAUCGUCGGACGCAAGAGUUAACUCGGUUUAUAAUGGGCUCCUAUGGAUGGCAGACUGUUCUCCAGAAGGGCACACAGGGUUAUUUCCCAUUUUCAUCGACAUGAAAGAUAUUCCUGAGGACGAUGGAAGUGGCACUACAAGAGUGAGCAAGAUGUACUAUUGUAAAAACCGGAUCAUGCUGUUCAAAAAGUACAUGGACUCUGGCUUCUCUAGUACCCCACGGCAGGCUCAACGAUACGUACUGUUUUUCGAUAAUACGGUGUAUUUUGGGGGAAAGAAACAAGAAUCUUCAUUUAUUGUGGAUCUGGCUAGCUGGAAUGUCUGGUUGAUGAAAGAAGACUUUGAACUGAACCAAGGCUCUCUAUUUGGACGAGAAUUGUUUGUUGGAUAUUCAGAGGGAAAACUGGGAGCCUGGAUGUACAGUCAGGAUAUGAUCGAUAUCUACAAGACACGUUUACUGCGAAUGAAGAUGUUGUAUCCACGCAGGGGGGAAUAUGACGUGAGCAGGGACAGGAGCCUGGAGGAUGAUUUUGAGGUACAGGACCAGUUGGAGUAG